AUGGCAGAUAUUGAGAUUGAGAUUGAUCUUCCGGUUGAACCGGUGGUUGAAGAUUUUCCAUCAAAUGCCGAGUCGCCACUUUCUCAGGAGGAGCUGUUUGAAUCCUCAGAUUCACAGCAAACAGAGGCAGAGUUGGAAGAUUCCGAAAUCACUACUAAGAUAAAUCUUUCUAACGUUUGGUCUGCUGUAUCCAGUGUAGCUAUCAAUUUGGUACUCCCUUUCAUAAACGGAAUGAUGCUGGGGUUUGGGGAAAUUUUGGCACAUGAAGUCGCAUUUAGAUACAAAUGGAGAGGAGCUAAGAUACAGCCUCCAAGUAGAAUGUUAAGGGCUGCUAGUAACUCUUCGGCUGCUGUGCAGUCUGAAAAGUCUUACAAAGAGGAAUCACCCGCCAUUUCCCAGAGAAGAAGUCUUGUAUUAUAG